AAAUAUGGAAAAUGUUCUAUGGUACAGUUAUUUCAUCGUAGUUUACAUGGCCCCCCUGUAUGGAUCUACGUCCUGCCAGAACUGCUUACGGCAGAAGUGUGAUGCUCGUGAAAUAUGCACUGAAGGAUGUAUAGCUGGCUACACAGACGAGUACUGUCAGCAUCCUUGCCAGGAGACAUGUCUCAACUCCUCAUGUGACGUAGAACUACACUCUGGGAGGACUGUCUGUCGUGAUGGCUGUGUAGAUGGUUACUGUGGGAUUCGUUGUAAAAUACCAUGCCCCGAAGGAUGUCUGACGUGUGACCAGUCUCAUUGCGAGAACUGUACUCUCUGUAGGGCUGAUUUGUAUGGUGCCAAGUGUGAACAUUCCUGCUUGCACAAAUGUGACGGCUUUGCCUGCAAUGUUUUGGGAAGUUGUUUAGCAACGUGUAUAGAUGGUCGUCAUGGUGCCCACUGUAAUGUGUCCUGUCAGUCCAACCAUCAGUCAUGUGACAGGGACACUGGCCAAUGUCAACAAUGUAAAGUCGGACAUUUCGGCAACGAGUGUCAACAUCUGUGCCCUUCAUGUCUCACAACAGAGGAGGAACAGUUUUACACGUGCAGGUCUGGAUGCAAGGUUUGCAGCAGUCAGUCCACAGCAGAACCUCAACGAAGGAACUCCAUACUGAACUCCGAUGUGAAGAUGAUUGUGACUGGCAUACGUGGUCUGUGCAUCGCCCUGUUGGUGAUCAACAUCACUACUUUGGUCAUACAUAUGCUAUUUUCAGCAUGGCCAAGGGUAUGUAAGAGGAAGAAAGAGAGAAGAAACAGUGCAGACUCGAAUAAAGCGGAGGGGAUACAACUGCUUGAAGGUGUAGGAGCAAAGUCUGACCUCCAGACUCCGGACACUGACCUCCAGACUCCGGACACUGACCUCAUUGUUGCGUGCAGGGAGGGGAAUCUAAAGGCAGUCAAAGACAUCCUAGAACAGAGCCCGGCGGAGGACAUCAACAAGAAAGGCUGUGGUGGGAUGACACCAGUGAUGUGGGCAGCAAGGAGGGGACACAGAGAAGUGCUCGACUUGCUUGUGAAAAAAGAAGCUUAUCUGAAAGUUGUGGAUGAUGCCAGUAACAAUAUCCUUCACUGGGCCUGUUAUGGAGGGCAUGUGGCAAUGGUGAAACAUGUUGUCUCAAAGAACAUGGUGGACAUCAACAGUAAGGGGCGGGAUGGGAGAACCCCGUUGAUGUGCGCAGCUCGGGAGGGGAAAAGCCGAAUCUUUGACUUUCUUGUGAGUAGAGGGGGCCUUCCAUCAGGGAUUGACAAGGAUGGAAACAACAUCCUUCUACUGGCCUGUUUGGGUGGGAAUGGGAAGAUUGUGAAGUACAUCAUCUCACAUGACGAUGUAGACAUCAAUGGAAGAGGACAGUCUGGCAGGACUCCAUUGAUGGCAGCAGCAUACAAGGGACAUGGAAAGGUCUUUGACCUGCUGGUUGAUAAAGAAGCUGAUCUGACACUGGUUGAUGAUGCCGGUGACAACGUCCUCCAUGUGGCCUGUCUGGGGGGACAUGUGAAGAUUGUUAGCCGUGUCCUCGAUUUGGACAGGGUGGACAUAAACAUUCAAGGUCAAUGCAGGAGGACACCACUGAUGAUGGCAGCAAGGCUUGAACAUAAUGAAAUAUUCCAUUUACUAGAGAGCGAAGGAGCUGAUGCAUCACUAUUGGAUGAUGAGAAUAACACCAUCCUUCAUCUGGCCUGUGAGGGAGAGCAUAUUGAUAUGGUGGAGCAUGUACUCUUUCUGCAUGCUGUGAAUAUCAAUGCCAGGAACAAACAAAAUGAAACAGCAACCAUGCUGGCAACAAAGGGAGGUGACGUGUGCAACCUUCUUGUGUCGCAUGGUGGCCGCAGUAGGUGAAAGGAGAAGGACAGCUGAGAGUUCACUUUUUUGAAUUGUUGAAACUGUUAAACAUACCAACUACAUGGGAAGAGAGCUUGAUAAUGGUCCACUGGUCAAUUGGAAUGUUGUUUUGAUGUUCCAUACUUCAGUCACAUGUUGAUGGCGGAGGUCAAACGAAAAAAACUUGAAACAUUCUUAUGAAAAAACAUACAGUUCUGAAUAGAUUAUUCUUCACCCAAUAACAGUAAAAGCAAUAUUCCCAAGGUAUCCCUCGUGCUACCAGCCUAGCUAAGAGAUAAAGCAUUGAGUCUGUGAUAGUCCCAUAUUCUUCAAAUGCAUUCGAAUGACAGUAGCCUCAGAGUCCUCAGCAAAAUCCUCUGUGUCAUAGUUGUGGGCAUAUCAUCGUGUUCCUUCUGCAUAUCAUUCAUCAGGGGAAAAACAUCAUACUGCCUGUCAAUGACUUAGUUGUACCCAUUUCACUUGGAAAGGAGAAAUCCCCUUUUCCUCAAGGCAUGCAUUUUGAGUGAGUGGGCUUCACAGCAGGUACUGGGCUCUGUUGUUUUUGUUAUUGGGGUAUGUAGCUCUCUCUGAAUGAACUUGAGUAGUACAGAGUGACACAGAUCAAGAAAGUCAAACACUGAACAGUGGGGAAACCGUUUAGAGAAAUCCUUUGUGCACAGACGUGGAGAGUCAUUCGGGGAUUUCAGAUGCAAAUUUUAUUUCAUGAGAAAUGCUACUAACACGAAUAGGUAGGAACACAAAGCCUAGAUGCUAGAGCACAGCCUGCAGCUUGCCUGAUGUAGUUUCUGUUUCGGAGGAAAUUCCAACAAUCUGGCAAUGCCUUUGUGUACCUGGCCCAGUCAUCCAGAUUGUGACACAUGCCUUGCUAUAGAUGCAUCACCCACUGAUAUUUGAGGAGACAACACAGUCAUCCUCUCAAUGGGCACACGUCUUUGACAUAAAGGUCAUUUUACAACAAGAGGGCCAAAUGGACAACAGAAAAUAAGCAGAAAAUAUUAUUCCCAGUACAGAACUACUUUCUUACUGUAUGAUAUAUUUAUGUGUCAUUACCAUCACAUAUCAGUGGACAUCACAAUCGCAUACUUAAAUAACGAUUGCUGUAGUAAAUAAAUAACCCAUAUUAGUGUUAAUAUAAAGUCAUAAUUGUGAUAUCUACCAACAAAGACAGAUUAUUGCUCGCCUUUGGGGACUUGAUGAUUUCAGUACCACUACACAUAAGACGUACACUGAAUGUCUAAAAUCAAGCUGUGUUUACUUUUAUUAACUUUGAGAUUAUAUAGUAGCAAGGCUUCUGUUAAAUUAUCAUUAUUAUUCUAUAUUUUACAACAAUGAACCUGUGGCAUCGGAAAGGCCUCUAGUUGUGAAGAACCAGAGGCAACAAGUUAUUACCAAGUGGUAGGUUUUCAUGGUAUCCUCUGCAUUGGCCGUGGGUCCGUCGUGAUAGACGUCAAUACAGACAACUCAUGGCAUCCAUUAAUCUGGAUCAUCCAUAGAGUACACAUGUACACAGACACUGAAAAUAUCUCUUCACACGGAGGCGGUUGGUGGAUCUGAUUUUUCUCUACUACCCAUGUGUCUAGCUUUAGUGUGGAACAUUGUAAGUUGCUUGAAUUGAUUGUAGAUGGCAAAAUGAGCGCGGGAAAAUAACCUUGCAGUCACUUAUGGUAUUAAGAAAAGUGAAUAGUGUGGAGGAGUUGUCUCCCUUAUACCACAGAUGUUCAGGCAGUAUUAAGAAAUGGAAAUAAUCAAGGCUGGAGAUGUUUAAACACGAAUAAUUAAUGAAACAUUAUUCUAAACAAAGAAGAUAAUUUUAUACCAUAUAUUUUACUACCGGAUUCGGGUUUUAAAUUCCAUAGAAACCCUGGGACUUCCUUUUUCACUAUAUUAACCGAAACAACAUUUAUCAACAUUUGUAUGUAUCAAACAUACUUCCCAUGAACCUAGGGAAAGGAGAUUAAAAAGUCUCUUCCUGCCGUACUUGAAAAAAACAGAUUCGUUAAAGCAUUCUGGUGCGUGAACAACUAAACUACAGACAGUUGCAAGGUCGAUCUACUGAAAUAUACAGUAAAUAUUUGUCAUUUGAUGUGACAUUAUUCCGCACAUUUCCCUGUCUGGGUUGUGAUCAAAUGCAAAAUUAGUUUCUAGCGAGAGACAUUCACAGAUCGCAACCGGAAGAUGUAAAUAUAAAAUCACUAGGAUACCACAGGUAUAUUAUUUAAAGUACUUGGUAUGUUAUAACAGGUUGCAGGUUGUCAGAACAGCCUAAAAACUUGAAAGUCAAGAUGGCCACUAACAUAAAGUCAAAAUGGCCUUAAAAGAAUCAUAACGGCCACAGGUGAUAAUGUCAAAAUGGCCUUAAUAAUUAUCAACGUCCACUUAUAUGUUGUUCCUUGUCAUUAUACCCAGCCGCCUGAAGGCAGACAACGUGUCUGUCUUCAGGAACCCUCAUGACUUUUACCCCAUCCACCAUAAGUCAAGCAAUCAUUAUGUACUUCUGUGGCCGUUUUGACUCGACUUUUUGAGGCCAUUCUGAUUUGAGUCCGUUUUGACCUGCUUCCAUUGUAUCAUCGUCGUUCAGCCCGAUUGGAAACCAGUAGGGUAAUUUAUAUUAAUUUCACUUAGACAAUCUGUGAUAAAACAUAUAGCUCGAGUCCAUUCCCUAUUAAUUUAUUUAUUUGUUAACAUGAUUUCAUCAUUUCUUAUACUUAUAGAACGAGAUGAGUGUUCAAUGUGGAUAUGUGUCAGACGAGUUAGGUUACUCGCCAACAAACCAUUAAGAACACAUUGACUUCUGAUAAUUCCAUAACCUUUUCUUUGUGGGUAUAUUUAUCGAUCGGCUGUGUUUGAGAAGGAAUUAUUAUUAUGCAGCCUAUCACAUGUUACGUUUUAAAAAGAAUUCUUAACAUUAUGAAUAACUUGAAUUGCUCAAGUACUUUCUAAGCAAUAUCAUCAUUUGUCUAACGCACCAAGGUCCUCUGCAUCCUCUGGUUGUUAUUGACUACCAUGACUUACAGAACAUGUGAUGCCUUCACAGAUGCAAUUUUCUGUUACAUCCAUGUAUGACACUCAUACUUAUUUGCCCAAAUUCACUGCAUGCUUUCUGUGUUUUGUUAUUGAUAAAUGAUAUUUUAAUAUUGGUAGAAUAAAUUUGAUAAGUAAGAUUGUUAGUGGCUAUACCGCAAAGGGGAUUGAAGUAGUGUAAAAGGAUUGGCCCCGGAGAUGGUACAUAAGUCCACGUCAUUCAGAGUAUAUUUUUUACUGCCUAGGUUAUAAUAUAACAUAUAUGUAAUUAUAUGUUCUUUUAAUUCGGCUAAAUUGUCAAUAGUCGCCAACUCCUGAAGGGAUGAUGUAAAUCCUGCUGGGAUCCAUGCAGGAAGCAAGUCUCCAUGGCCCCUAGUAUGGUCCCUACCAUAGCUCGCUUUAAUAACGUAUUGCUCUGUCUAGCGAUGUAUUUUUAUGGUUCAAUACUAGUUUUAAAUCAUAAUCUGUGAAACGUCUAUUUAUUUUAAUGUCCUUUGUUGACAGGUUCUUAUAGUUUACAUUUCUUUAUUAUUAAAUAACCUUUGAAAGUCAAUUUAUGGAUGAAAUAUUGAUGUGACUUUAAUUUUAACUCACUCACUCACUGCAUAUUUUAACAAAUGAUUCAAUAUGAAUUUGCGAGAUGUUGUAAUGCUUGUAUUUAAGUUGGUUGUAUUCUAUUUCGGUAUUGCUGUAGAAUGAAUAAAACAA